AUGGACACAAGCAAACCUCGCCCGAGAAUUAAUACUGAAGGCCAAGAUCGCGCUUCAAAGGAUAAUACAUCUGAAAAUGAGGAAAAUGACCACAUAGGUGAAGAUCAUGAUCAGUCUCAAGAUAAACAACCCCGUGCCACCGCGAGCAUUGAAUCGGACCAAGCAACCGAUAAUGCAAAGAAUUCAUCAAAAUCGGAAAUCAAAUCUCCACUUCCGAUAAAGAGAAAAUACGUCGCGAACCAGGACCCAAUGUUGCAAUCGGUAUUUGAUUUGCUGAAAUCAUCGGCUUCGGCUGCUAAAGCGGUAGCUACUGCUUCAACUGCACCCGCUACUGGAUUAGACCAGUAUCAGCUAUACGCUAAUUAUUUGGCAGGCAAAUUUAGGGGUUAUUCCAAGCAAACCUACAUGACUGUGAAACAUCAAAUAAACAACAUCCUAUAUAACGCUGAUUGUGGACAAUAUGAAUAUCAGCGCGGGUACUCCACUCCGGCAUCUACAUAUCCCUUGGCUGAGACUACACCUCAAAUGUCUGUAAAUUCUUCUUAUUCAAACAGAGCACAAAGUUUAGCCCCGUACAUGACUGAAAAUCAAGUACAUUCUCCAGUGACUCAAGUGUAUGAUUCGUCGAUGGAUUCCGAAGAUUCUUUUCGUGAUUUGAUCCAUGACAUCAAUUAUUAG